CAGUUCCUGAGAAGGCUGUCCAGGGGCGUGAAUUCCCUCCACCAGCUCCAAAACAUUGGGGAAAAAAGGGAGAGCGAGACAGAGGAAGAGAGAAACAGAUAUCUGCACUCAAUGAGAAGGACAAUUGGUCCCAAGGAAGAUCCUCUUGAAAAGUAUUUUUCAACUGCAGCCGGAUUUUCAGUCGAGGUGCUCCUCCCGUUGUUUAAAUGAUGACGAUGCCCCACCAUUGCCUCUCCCCCAUCCUUGGCUCUUCGCUCUGGUUGGCAUCCGUUGCUUUGAUGGUGCAGCUCGCAGAAUCUUCAGCAGGUAACUACAGGAGACCGGUCCCGGGGGGGAAAGCCCAUGGGUUCACGGAAAGGACGCUUAUUCUCCUUGAUGUGAACACUAGGAGUCCCAUUAAGACUUUGAAUGCAAACUUCCUUUCCUUGCAAUUGGACCCUUCUGUCAUUCACGACGGCUGGCUCGACUUCUUAAGUUCCAAGCGAUUGGUGACGCUGGCAAGGGGUCUUGCCCCAGCCUAUCUGAGGUUUGGGGGGAAAAGGACAGACUUUCUUUACUUCCACAACCUAAAGAAUCUGGCCAAGCAUAGAGGAGGCCCGGGGCCAGAUUACUACCUGAAGAACUAUGAGGAUGAUAUUGUGCGAAGUGACAUUGCCCUGGACAAGCAGAAGGGCUGCAAGCUGGCCAGUCACCCAGACAUCAUGCUGGAGCUGCAGAGGGAGAAGGCUGCACAGAUGCAGCUGGUCCUGCUCAAAGAGCAAUUCUCCAACAUGUACAGCAACAUCACAAUAACAGCCAGGUCUCUAGACAAACUCUACAACUUUGCCGACUGUGCUGGGCUGCGCCUCAUUUUCGGGCUCAAUGCCCUGCACCGAAACCCUGAUAACUCCUGGAAUGGAUCCAGUGCCCUGAGCCUCCUCAAGUACAGCGCUAGCAAGAAGUACAACAUCUCCUGGGAGCUGGGCAACGAGCCCAACAGCUACCGGGCAAUGGUGGGGCGCACUGUAAACGGCAGCCAGCUGGCUCGGGAUUACCUCCAGCUUCGCAACCUUCUGCAGUCGGUGCGCUUCUACAACAAUCGUGCCAGCCUCUACGGACCCAACAUCGGGCGGCCCCGGAAGACCGCCAUACUGCUGUUGGACGGGUUCAUGAAGACUGCUGGCUCUGUUGUAGAUACAGUUACAUGGCAACAUUAUUACAUUGAUGGGCGGGUUGCCAAGGUUGCUGAUUUCAUGAAGACUCGUCUGCUGGACACUCUUACAGAGCAGAUCUCCAAAGUGCUGAAGGCUGUGAAGACUCAUGCUCCGGGUAAGAAGGUGUGGCUUGGUGGAGUCGGGCCAGCCUGGGCCGGGGGCAUCAACAACCUAUCAGACACCUACGCAGCCAGCUUCCUGUGGCUAAAUACACUGGGAAUGUCUGCAAUGCAAGGAAUUGACGUUGUCAUACGGCACUCAUUUUUCGACUAUGGAUACAAUCACUUGGUGGACCAGAACUUCAAUCCUUUACCUGAUUACUGGCUGUCGCUGCUCUUCAAGCACUUGGUGGGUCCCCGGGUCCUGGCCGUGCACGUCGCUGGUCUGCAGAGGAAACCCCGUCCUGGCAGAGUCAUCCGGGACAAACUGCGCAUCUACGCACACUGUACCAGCUUCCAAAAUCACAAUUACGUGCGAGGAUCCAUAACUCUCUAUAUUAUCAACCUUCACCGAUCAAGAAAGAAAAUUAAACUGGCCGGGACUCUUCGAGACAAAACAGUACAUCAGUACCUGCUACAGCCCUACGGGAUAGAAGGUCUGCAGGCAAAGUCUGUCCAGCUCAACGGAGAGCCUCUCAAGAUGUUGGACGAUGAAACUUUCCCAGAGUUAAAGCCCAAGAGGCUGCACUCUGGACGCACAAUCGUCAUGCCACCAAUGACAAUCGGUUUCUACGUGGUCAAGAACGUCAAUGCGUACGCCUGCCGCUACAGAUAGCUGCAACCCUGCCACCCCCGACUCCCAGACCUGAAUUCACAGACCAUUCUUAUCCUUCCUGCUUGCCCAGGGGAAUAUUCCUUUAGUCAGUCAAGCAAGGUGUCAGCUUUUUGGAGGAAAAAAAAGGGACUUUAGAAUCCUGGUCACCUUCACUUAUGCUGCGUUCAUACACAGUGAAACGAGCCUCUGUAAAGAGCUUUACAGUGAGCUAGCAUACCAAGUUCACAGCAGUGGCAUUACAAAUAAUGACUUUUGAUGUCCCCGUUUCCUAUUUGUCCGUGGCAGCAGGGCACUGGGUGAAAACACUUCAGGGUGAUAAAAUGCAUUGUAAAAACAGGUUAUGUGUGGGUAAUAAACUGAUAGGCACCACUGUAAGGCUACUGAAAGGACGGGUGACUGGGGAAGAAUCAGUAACCCUUACCAACAACAGCCAAUAUACAAGGAAUAUUGCUCUUGGCAAGGUGGAUGUCUUCUCAUAUUCUCUCAGACACACACACCAUUUUCAUUGAGGGUGCAUGUGAAUUGUACAAAACCUCUUUAUGGAGGGAAGCAGAGUCACAAGUUUGAUGCCGAGUGCGGUUCGAAACCAACAACAAAAAACAGGCUUGGUUUCAAGUAUUGCAAUCUGAAGGGAAGCAUGACCGCAAUCUGUCUGGGUUCAACCUCUGUGAUUCUCUGUCGCACACACUCUCUCAUACACACAGCUUCUCUGGGACAUUAGCAGGACGUUCAGUUCUGGAAUUCUGGAUACCAGUGUGUUCUCCAUUCACAGGACCUGUGUGGAUUCAGCAGGAGUGGCUGAGAGGAUUAGUUCAACCACAGGAAAGGCAACCCACUGCACAGCCAUGUUACGCUGCUUUCUCUUAAUAUGCAAUGUUAUAAAUCUCAAACUGUCCUUGCAACAUAGCCAUGUCGCUGUAUACAUCUGGCACUAUUUAAAUAGUUGCAAAAUCUGUAUAAUAAAAUACGUUUUAUGGUAUAAUCUUAAUAGAAGACAUAUGCACUGUGCUGUAUAACUGUUAGAACCCCAGUGGUUUAGCUGAGCAUUGUUUGCAGAUUGUAGGAACUCGCUGUGGCACAUUUUCCCUCUACUUCUGUGUGAAGUUUCCUGCAUACCUGGGCUCAAUCUUAAAAGGGAAAUGGGAGAAGAUUGUAAAGAAACGCUGAGAAGAGAUAUUGUAAAGGCAUGGAUGGCCAUCAACUGUAUGCUCCAGGGUAAAGAUGUUUGUACUUCAGUGGUUAAAAAAACAAAAAAAAAAACACAAAAUAAUAUAUACUAGGCUGUAAUAGGCAAGAGGUGAUUUCAUGUGUAAAAAUUUUAGAGGGUAUUUGAGAGGCAGCGUGGUCUAAUGGUUCUAGCUGAGGGAAUGGGAAGCAGUGUGGUCUAAUAGUGAGAGGGGCUGCCAGCCAGUAUUUUUGAAUGGUUAGAUGUGAGGGACAGUGAAACAGUUUAGCUCAGUAGUUAAAAAGAGGUGGAUGAAGCUAGUGGGCUCACUUUUGUUUAAUCCUAGUGGGAUUAAUUAUUUUUCUCCAUUAAUGUUGUAAAUGUUCUUUCUUAAAUUAUAUUUUCAGAACCAAAAACAUACAAAAAAAUUGGUAUAUAUAUAUAUAUACUGUAUAUAUUCUAUAGAUCUAUGCGUUAACCCUUUCAGUCCUUUAGUGCUGUAUGUUAACAUAUGCCAUCUGAAAAUCACGUUGGGACUCCUAGGUCCCAGUCUGAGGUAGUGUAUAAAUAUAUGUAAAAUAAAAUUCAAAAAGGGAGUUUCUUCUUUAAUUCGACAAAAGUAAUUCAGGACUGAAAGGGUUCAACUUAAAACAGCACAUAGUUGCCAACAUAACCCGUCUUGAUAAGGGAUACAUUUGUAGGUGCACAUUCCUCCCACCUUACAACUCACAAUCAACAAUGGAACCAUGGCAGGUGCAGUGAUUCUCUAAGAAGAUCCUCUUCAGCAGUGAGAAUGCUGAUGUACUGUAGAUUGCUGUAUAUGUUGUUUUUCAGUCACUGUGAGGCACUAAUCUGCUGGCACUCUGUUGGUUACUAUGUCUGUAUAAGCAAUUUGUUACCGAUAUAAGACCUUUUCUUCCGAAUGUGUUUGGAUUGUUUAUGUGGAGUUGUUCAUAUUUUCUUUUUGAAGAAAAUUAUUUUAUUUUGGAAAAUUCUAGGACUGACCACUAUUUUUGUGUUAAGAGUUUAUGCAGCAAUACAUAAAUAAAUACAAUUAA